AUGCUCAGAUUCCCACGAGUUGAAAGCAGAAGUCUUCCCCCCAGAUCCCCCGCCCAACUCCCCACCUCACCCGCUGACCAUGACCGUGAGGGUGUAUCGCGUGUGCAUGACCAGGCUGAGGAGGGCACUGGCCCGCCAGUCGAUGUCCCCCGCCAGCGCACCCCCCAAGCUCAGGUCAGCAGGAAGCUCUUUUCCCCUCCUCCGCACGAGGACUGGGUCCUUGCGGUGCAGCCAGGGAAGGUAGACAAAGAAGAGCAUGUCGUCGCGCUUGGGGGCGGCGGCGUCUGGGGGCAGCGCAAACUGCGUGAGCAGGCGGGGGAGAGAGGGAAGGCUGUGUGA